AUGGCCAUGUAUUGUACUCUGUACUUCUCAAACGCUUCGUCUCUUGCCUCCAACCAGCUGUAUGGUGCCAUUCCUGAAAUCUUCACCCAGCUCACGCACCUCACCUACCUCAGCCUGAGUCUCUUCAGCAACUACCUCUCCGGACCUCUGCCGGAGGGGGCAUGCCAGGCUCGAUCAUUUGAUGCCAACUGCUUCACGCUGCCUACUAGCUGUGCGCUGGUGCUGCAGCGGAAAGAGGAAGCUUGCAAUGCCUUCUGUGGCAUCUCCUCUGUUGCACCUUCGUCCUCCGUUAGUGCAAGUGCUGCUGCUGCUUGUGGUGGCAAAGGGCUGGCUUUCCAUGUCACCUUCACCUUUGUCCUUUCAGCUCAAACAACCUUUUUCUUGGGCCACAACGGCUUUGCCUUUGUCGUCUCGGCAACGAACCAGGUGGGGAAAGGCUCCGGUGUGGGUUAUGGUGGAAUGGACAACAGGAGCAUGGCGAUUGAGUUCGACACUCUGACGAACAAGGAGCAUGGUGACAUAAGCGGCCAGCACGUGGGGCUGAAUGUACGAGGCCAGGACAGGUCGUUAGUCGCUGUGAAUCCGCCAUUCGUACUGAAAAACAAGAAGGCAUACACAGCGUGGGUGGACUAUGAGCCUGGGGAGCCCGGCACCAUCCAGGUGUUCCUGGCUGCCACGGAGGUGAAGCCAGCGCAGCCGCUGUUGGAGAGGAGGCUGGUGCUGUGUGAGGUGCUGCAAACUGGAGCAGAGCAGACGGCGUUCUUCUUUGGGUUCGUGGCGUCCACCACUGUGAAGGCCUUCCAGAUGCAAGUCAUCCUAAAGUCGGCAGUGCACACAGCUUUUGGCCUGACUCUCUCUGUGGCGUCGUAUGCGCCAGUGGGAGCCAGUCCCUUCAUGCGGUACAUGAGUGCCGACUACCGAGUGUCCGCCAACCAGCUCGACCCGUGGCAAGUCAGCGGCUCCCACUCCUGGGACUCCAUGCCCUUCCUCGGCUGGCCGGUCAAGAACCAGAAGGACUGCAAUGCAAGCUGGGCGUAUGCGGUGGUGGCGAGUGUGGAAGCAGCAUACGGCAUUGCAUUGAAUCAACAGGCACCGCAGCUGUCAGUGGACUCACUCUUUGCAGCCAUGGGGCUCACUUCUCCAGCAGCCAAAUGCAUGGCAGGGGGCUCUCCUGCCGUGGCCUUUGCAAAGCUUCUCACCCUUCCCCGUGGUGGCCUCACAACAGAUGGCAAGCGGGGUUUUGAGCGCACGCGGUUCAAGGGGUAUGUGGGACUCCUGCUGGCAGUGCAGCGGCAGCCAGUGGUGGUUCAUAUCGAGGCGUCUGCUGCCACGUUCAUCGAAUACGACGGGGAUCCUACCUGCUAUACCGGCAACCUUAACCAUGCUGUACUCAUUGUUGGGUACCUCGUUUCAACAACUAAUGCCCGCCAAAGCCCCAUGGAUGUGCCAUUUUGGAUCAUCCGCAACUCGUGGGGAGUGGAGUGGGGCGACCGGGGCCACAUGCGCAUGGACAUUCAGGGAGCGAAUGGCGUGUGUGGCAUCAACGUGCUGCCUGGCAUCUAUCCCAUUGUCAAGACCAACACCACAACCUCCACCUUGAAUAUCACUGGUGCCAACUGGUGGUGCUCUGAUGUCUUUCCUGCUGUUGGCCUUGCAUUGGCUAGCGUUCCAGUGCAAAGCAUGGGUGACACCUGCUCCUCUAUCACCGCCCAGAUUGGACUCGCAGAAACUGAGCUUGCCUCCCUCAAUCCCGGACUGAACUGCUCCCAGCCCAUUAAGGCGGGCCACUCUCUGUGCCUCGAGCGCAACGCCACCUUCGCCUUCACCGUUCCUCGGUGCUUGCAGUACGGCAUGCUCACAGCACAGGACACGUGCGAGGACCUGUUGCUGCAGGGCAUGGAGUCUAGUGAGGAUGAUUCCGUGGGCCCUUUAAGUGGGGACGCGUCCGUGGGUUCGGGCCCCUGGAUUGAGCUCUACCGCAACAAUCCCGGCCUCAUCUGCCCUCGCACCAUCCAUGCGACCAGCUCCACUGUUUCCAGCGUGACCAGCGUGCAGGUGUGCCUCAAGGCAGAGCACUAG